AUGACCGACUACAAGACGUCGAAAGAGGCCUUCGUAUCUGGCAUGACAGGGUCCAGCAUCAGACACAUUAACAUGAUCUCUCUGGCUGCACUCUCCUCUAUUGCAUUGUACUCUGCGCUCCGGACGCGUCUGCCCCCCAACAGGUCCGAGCAUUUUGCUUUGGAAAUGCUCACGCUCGUCCUUCCGCUCCUUCUCUCGAUAACCCUAUACGCGAAAGCUCCUGUAAUUCUCAAUAUCAUGCUGCUUCUUCCGACUACGCUGCUGCUACUCAUACCGCGCCGCGAGACUGGCAGACCUCGCACUCCAGAUCCCUCUGGCGGCAAUUCGCCAUCUACCAGCGCCCUCAUACCACGACUGCCGGCUCUGACAACGUAUCGUGCGCACAUGCUGCUGUUGACGUUCCUAGCCAUCCUCGCUGUCGAUUUUCGCGUGUUUCCGAGGAUGCUCGCGAAGUGUGAGACGUAUGGUGUGUCGCUGAUGGACAUCGGCGUAGGGUCGUUCAUCUUCUCGCAGGGCAUUAUAUCCGCCGUACCUCUGAUCAAGAACCCUGCGUAUCUCACCCAGCCGCUCUUCCCAAAGGUGGUCACGACGGCCCGCAAGUGCCUGCCCAUCUUCGUGCUGGGCUUCGUGCGGACGUUGUCCGUCAAGGGCGUAGAGUACCCCGAGCAUCAGACAGAAUAUGGGACCCAUUGGAACUUCUUCAUCACGCUUGCCUCCAUACCUAUCCUUGAAGUCCUUUUGCACCCGGUGAUGGUCCGCUUGCCGAUCUCGCUUCUAGGCGUCUCAGUCGCGCUCUUGCAACAACUCGUAUUGAGCCACGGCCUAACGGACUAUGUUCUCAACGCGCCGCGCACCGGCCUAAUCAGCCAGAACAAAGAGGGCAUCGUCUCCCUAUCUGGGUAUCUUGCCGUUCACUUGCUCGGGCUCUCAACGGGGACGCUGCUCCUCCCGCCCACGCCGUCCUACUUCCGCAAGCGCCAGCAAGAACUCGCUAGAGCGCGCUCACCUCGCCGGUCUGCGCACACGCACGACAGCGACUCCGAGAGCGACGACAGCACAGGCCCACAGCGACUCCGCCAGACGCACGCAUCGACCGUGGAGCGGCGCGAGAACGACAAGACAGCGAUCGAGCUGUGCUCGUACGCCGUCCUGUGGUGGGUCCUCCUCGGCGGGAGCAAACUGCUCGGCAUCGGCGACGGUGUCUCCCGAAGACUAGUGAAUUUGCAGUACAUCCUCUGGAUCGCGGCGUACAACGUGAGCUUCAUCCUCGGCUACAUGUGCCUCGACCUCGCGUUCUUCGCGUCGCCCCUCUCCAAGUCGACCUACUCGCCGUACUCGAAGCUCAAGGUGCAGCACGACCCCGGGAGCGCGCCGGCGCUGCUUGACGCGAUCAACAAGAACGGGCUGGCACUGUUUCUACUGGCCAACCUCGCCACCGGCAUAGUGAAUUUGUCGAUGAAGACGAUGUACGCGUCGGACGCGGUGGCGAUGGCAGUGCUCUCUGCGUACGCGCUCGCUAUCUGCGGUGUCGCGUGGGUGUUUAGAAAUAGACGGCUUUGGCACUUUUGA